UUCUCUGCCUUCACGUUUUAUUCUCUGAAGUAUGGGCAGCACGGUGCAGGUGUUACUGUGGGCUUGGAUUAUCCUGGACUCCAGGGGGUUUUCAAACUCACUGCCAGAAAUCACUGAUGGGAAUUUCACUAAUGAGUGUGUGCGGGAACACAACAGGGCGCGGUCAUCUGUCAGACCAACCGCAAGGGACAUGCUGUACAUGACGUGGGAUGAGGGCUUGGCCAUCACUGCUCGCGCAUGGGCGAGGCACUGUGUGUUCGAACACAACACCCACCUGAAAGAUGCCCGCCGGGUGCACCCGACCUUCACCUCUGUAGGAGAGAACAUAUGGACGGGCUACCCACCAUCUAAAUUUGAUGCGUCGAGAGCCGUGAAGCUUUGGGUGGAUGAAAAACAACAUUACGACUACAACAGGAACGACUGCACUAAAGUGUGUGGCCACUACACGCAGGUUGUGUGGGCAAGAACCUACAAGGUUGGUUGUGCCGCCCAGCUGUGUCCACGUGGUGUCAGAUACACAAACUUUGCUUCUGAAGAGAGCGUCAUUUUUGUGUGCAACUAUGCUACAGCGGGGAAUGUAGUCGGAGAACGGCCGUAUGAAGCUGAAGGGGAAAGUUGCUCGGGAUGUGAAGGCACCUGCGAGGAGAAACUCUGCCGAAGCCGAGAACGAGAUUCACAGCAAAGUUACAGCUGGAGCCCGGACUGGGACACCGCCUCGGCUCCCAGGGGCUUUAACUACGUGUCUAUCCUGAUUGUCCGGCCCAUCGCCAUCAUCUUCACCUUCAUCACAGUUUAUGUAGUGCGCCACUUUUAUCCCAAUGUCUUCUGCUAUGAGUAGAUUCACUGUGGAGCCUGAACGAUGUGGACUUAUUCCGUUGGUGCUAAGAUGAAGAUGCAAGUUUAACUGAACAUUUUAUUUAAUAGUUUUUAAGUCCCAUAAGAGCUGUACAGCAAACUGUCAAAGUGUAUUUCACCCUCCAGCCUCUUUGAAGUCUCUAACAAACUAAAGUGAACACACAAACUGUC